AAUGUUGACUCAAAAAGGGAAGUAUUGUAGUUUUUACUUAUUUAGAUUUAUUUGAUAGUAUUAGUUACUAAUUACUUUACUGGUUAAGAAUUUACAUACAAAACAGACUUUUACAAGCUACAAAACGUACACCUAAAUGCAUCACUAACAAUAAUCUAGGAAUAUAUAAAUAGUAAUAUACACAAGCAUAAUGCUCACCAGAGCCAUUUUUCUGCAGUAUGAGUAGUUGUACUUUUGAGGCUUUAAGUACAUUUUGCCAAUCAUACAUACUUUUACUGAAGUUAAAUUUUCUUAUAACAGAGUAUUUUAAUAUUGCAAUUUUGUAAGUUACUUAAGGAAAUAAUUUGAAUACUUCCACCACAGAAAAAUGCUUAACAUUUGGUAGUUGCAGAUGCACAGAAGCAAUGUGUUGCUAGUAUAAUUAUAAAUUGCAUAUAAAAUGUCAUAAUUAAAUAAUAAUUAUUAUAAGUGAGUGAUUUGGGAUUUUAGCCUACUUAGCAUUGAUAGAAAUAAUAUAUUUAUCAAUCAAUAAUAAUGCAUGUGUGAAAUAAUAAUCUUAUUCUUGUACUGAUUUGUUUCUCCCGUCAUCUGAGAUCCGUUGCCUGCAGAGGGUAGGCGAGGUUUUCAUGUCUGGUCACCUGUAAGCUCUUUCUUCCCUCUGUGGCUUACACGCAUACACACACACACACACACACACACACACACCUCUUGCAUCGGUUAAUAUGCAUCACACCUUCCUUCCCUCCCGUAUGAAACGGUCAGGGAAUUAGCCGCCCAGUGCGCGCGCGUGUUAAGCCAGGGGUUCCGGGAGCGCGCGCGGAUUGUCCACCAUCUCAGCCCCUCGCCAGGCUAUGCUCCUCGCGCGUCUUUGUCAUCCAUCUCCAUAGCGAAGAACUGAUCCUCCACGAGCACCGGUGAGUCCACUUCUUCACUCUUUUUUCCUCUGAAGUGUGGUGAAAAAGUGCGCAGUCUACCUUUAGCGCUUUGCUGUCUCAUUCCUGCUCCCUCCUGCUGGCUUUGACUGCGUCUUUCUGCACUUUUGCGCUCAUUUCUUUGAACAAGAGCUGCUUGUGUGAACGGUACUCCAUAAACAAAGCUCGACCUGAACCACUGCUUUUAUUAUUUAAAUCCCCCGGCGGCUACCGUGGCGCAGUGGCGCUUGGCAGGGUGCUGAGGCAGAUUUUUCCAUCCGGCCAUCUGGGUGCGCACAACUGUUGCGCCCAUGAUCGUUUAAUUUAACACAUAUUUGUCGAAUAAGCAGCUCCUGACAACUGCCCGAGGAUUAAUUAGUCCAAAUGGAGAUAAAUCAAUUAGUUUGAUGUAGUCUGUUGAUGUUUUUGCUCUGUAAAAAUGAAAGCUUACAGACAGGUGCACUGGUUGAAGUAAAAGUUUGCUGCAAGUCCAUUUUGAUUCAUCACAGAAUUUCAAACUGCAGUGUUUGUUGGUUUGAGUUGCAUGCUUGCGGUUAUGGCAUUAGACAGGAGCAAGCAGCUGUUAAAAUUAGCGAUGUGUAAUCUGCUGUAUUUCAGGAGAGACAGUAUUAGACCGCUCCCCUGGUGCCCUCUGCCCCGUUAAUUGUAAUGUGAGGGUGCGGCUGACCCUCUCGCCUCUGCUGUUGAGCUGUCAGCAAGCUUACAGGCCUUUAAGCCCCGCGCUGAGACGCACACUCGCGCGCUCCUCCUGUGCCUACUCCACAGUGAACGGGCAGGAAGGACAUACAAAUACACAAACAUGAUUUAGGCCCUAAAAUAAAUGCAAGAUGAACUAAUGUCUAUGUAGGAAACUAAACGCAAUCAAAGAAAAUCUAAUAAAAUGAAACACAAUGUGAUCUAUGUUGCCACAGACGGAUGUUGUGAUUUUUGCUCAUGCUGGUAAACUGCUGUGUGUAAAUGAGCAAUUUUGGCAGAAUUAAAUGAAAACAAGUUUUGAAAUGCAAACUUCAGCCCCUAAUACAGUAAAAUAGAUGUUGUCUUUCCUUCCAUAUCAAAAGCACAAUGCAGACUCUAUUAUUAACAGGCUUUCUGUGCACUUUAACCACCACUUUCUCUUUUCUCAAUGAAAAUGUUUCUGGUGAAACUAGCAGAAAACACUGGAAAAGUCAGCUGCUGGUUUGAUUUUUUUCAUUUUUCCUGUAUUUAACCAGAAAAAAGUCUUGUUGAGAUUAAACUUUUUUUUUUUUCAAGACAGACCUGGUCAAGAGGGCCGACAGAUGAUGCAGUUCCAUUGCCAGCAGUUUAACACAAUAGAUUCAAAUUUCAUACCAAACCUCAUUCAUCAAAGUGCUAUUUUUGAGAUUCUUUAAAAUUGAUGCAGAAAAUGUAGGAUUCGUGUCUUCAGCUCAUUCUAUACACAGUUGCAUUUGGCUGUGGAGAAUGAGUAGCAAGCAUUAGACAAAAAAAAUUGCAAAGCAUUGGUCUGUCACUGCAAUUCUGGUAGAUGUUUAAUUAAAGUGUGCGCAAAGUGUGCAUGCAAAUUGAUUAGCAUGAGCAGUGUAAACAUUCUUGGGAGCUGCAGGAAUAUCAGCCAUCAAGGAAAAUGUGUUGUGACUAAUGAUCCAAAUGACUAAGGCAGUACACAUGGAGCAUGUGGCUGACAGCAUUUGAGAUAAACAAAGUCAGACUGCUUUAUGUUUCUACCACAGUACCACAUAGCACUUAGAGUAUGUGAUGCUGGUAUAGAUGUAAUUUUAAAACACAUCUAUAAAACUGGGAUGCAAGAUAAAUCUGAGCCAUUAGAAGAGGGCUAAAAAGAUCAGAAACACAAAAUAUAUUCUGUUUCACAAAAUGAUGCAGCAUUUUUUGUGUGUGAAAUACUUAAUGCUUUUGCCUCUUCAGGAAAAAAAACAUUCAGAUCAAACAGUCUGGAAAGGAAAUAUUCUUUGGUUGAACUGCUCACAAUGUAUGUCCACAAUGAGACGAUGGAUCACAGGAAGCAGAAGUUUGUUUUAAGAGGGUCACAAGCCGAAACGUUUAACUCUCACUGUGUCCUGAAGGGUAAAUCAUUUACAUUCAGUAUUUUUUGACCUCCUGAACUCCGAGCAACAUUCUCCAUUUCCAUCUCGGCUCAGUGUUUGCUAACACAUGGUAAACUGGGAUUAUCAUGGGGGUGUGUACUUACAGUAUGUGUAAGGGGAUUGACUGACGAAGCCCUCUCUAUGUGCUGUGUGUAUGCUGUUUGUUUGUGUAUUUGUAUGUCUCAUGGUAUGAUCAUGACAUUGACUAUGACCGUCCCUGCAUGCAGUCCUCUCUCUUUCACCUGCUAGGACACAAAAUGAUGGAGGAGUCUGGAUGGCACCGAUGCUUAGAGAAUAAUACACGUGUCUAAAGAAAAUUGAAAGAGUCAUGUAGUAAAUGUAGUUUUCACUUCUUCAUUUAGGUGACUCAGUCCAAGAUGUAUGAUUUCUAAGACUGACAUCACUAUAUACUCUAAUAUUUUCUCUAUUCAAUCAGCUCAUAACAGAGAGGCAUUAGAAAAGACUUGCGUCACUCCACGUAAAAUCUCUUUGAAAUUGUAUUAAUUUUCCUCUAUUUGUUAUAUGUGAAAAAAAUUAAUUUCUAAUAGCAUCAGCAAUCAGUCACGCAUGACAGACAACGCCAGUCUCAGCGAUAGAGUCCUGGACAACAAAGAUGAGACGACCACAAAAUGUUACGGAUGUGCUUCUGUCCACGUUUAAGAGCUUUUGCAAGGAAGCAGAUUUCACACAUUAAAAAAAAAAACUGCACACAGGUUCCAGUAUUGUCGUCUGACCUGUAAUUUCUGAGCUCGAGGAACAGUUGAGAGACCGAACCAGGUUUUUGGAAGAUCAGCUGUGACAUGUGGUGCACUGUUUCAUAUUUUAUGUCUGUGGAUUCCAGCCUGGGGGAUGCACAUGUGUUUUUAGUAGUGUGAGACUUAAGUACUCUGUGGUAUCUUAACACUUCAUUCUUUAUCUCCAAAGAAUGAACCCAGUGACCAAAUUGCCCCAACAGAUUGUAAACUGUGCCGCGUGGAUUGCAAUGUGAGCUUAAUCUGAGCCUACAGCUUCAUUUGGGUAAAAAAAAAAAGAGAUGAGACAGCUUAACUUUGGCUCACAGUAGAUCUGUCAGUCAAAAACAGCUACUACUGUGUGAUUUUUCAAACAGGAUAAAAUCAGCCUAAACUUUAUCCAAAAUGUAUAUCACUGUCUUGACAUAUCUAAACAAUUAAUAACAGCCACAGGACAACAUCAGCUCUUUAAAAUGAAAGGAGACCUCUUCAUUCAAUGCAAAGCGUCUUUGUAAGGCAACAGAAAUAUUAACCUAUGAUAGUUCUGAUGGCUCGUCAGAUGUUGAAAUAUGGAGGCACAGAGUUUUUUCAUUGUUAUAACGGAAUUUUUAAUAAACAUGUCAAAAUUAGGAUAUCUUAUGAGAUAAAGGAAAUAGAAAAAUAUAUUUAUUUGUAUAUUAUUGCAUAUUUAUGCAAUGUGCAAAAAUAAUUAUGCAAAAUUACUUCAUGUGGUAGUAUAUCUUUACUAUAGCAAACACAAACACUUAAUAAAAAGAACAGGGAAUUCCCAAGUGGCAUUAAUGGGCUUCCAUAUUAACAAGAAUGUUCUUGUUCAGUGUUUGAUGCUCAUUUUUUAGACUUUUCCUUGUGAAUUAUUGCAUCAUUUUAGGCCAAUAAAAUUGAGGACGGAAGCAUCCAAACGUCUGAAUACUGAACUCUUGUGUUUUUUCCGUGCUCCAACAGAGGGAUGAAACGGAAAAGAACGUAUGCCUGUCACCACAGAAAUGAGUGAGUCGUCGUCCAUUCACUCGGCGAAGCUUGUUUCCUUGGCCCGAUCGCUAUCUGGGCUCGGGCUUGAUGCCGCCAACGGAGGCCCUGUCAACCCCCCUGACAGUGAUGAGCCCCUUCCUCCGGAGUCCGGCAUCGAUCUAGGUCCUGGGCUUUUUUUCAGCGAUGGCAAGAGAAAAGUGGACUACAUACUUUGCUACAAAUACAAAAAAAGGCGGGCAUCCAAGGCACGCCUUUCCAUUGCGUCCAAUGGGAGUAUACCAAUACAGAUACAGGGCCGAUGGGACACAGAGGCAGAGUCUGGGGAGGCAGGUGCACCUGUGGGAGAUGUGGAGGAGUCAAAGCUGUCUGAGGAGGAAAAGGCUCUAAUGAGGGAGGAGUUCGAAGCGGGUCUGCUGGAAGCUGGAUUGCAGAUCGAGCGUGACAAAGAGAGGUCAAACGGCAUAGGGUUUAUUCGACUGCACAUCCCAUGGCCAAUACUCAGUCGAGAGGCGGAGCUUCAGAAGAUCAAAGUGGCCGUGAAAAAGAAGUGUGAAUUGCGGAAACGGAUGGGCAUCGCUGGGAUAUGGGAUUCCAUUGUGACCAAAGUCAACACGCCAUUUCAGCCAGACGUCCCCGAGUUUGACAUCCACAGAGACCCACAGACUCGCGUCCAAAUCAAAACUCUGAAACACCCAUUUAUCAGAGACAAGCUCCACCUGUAUGACAUCAAGUCAACAGAAACCGUAUUUGACACAGCAACACGCAGCAGAAUAGUGGCUGAGAUCAUUUCCCGCACUACCUGCAGACAUACUUGCCAAACCGCUGGCAUCAACUCAUUAUUGGCUCGGGGUGUCUAUGACUCUGCCUUCCCUCUGCAUGAUGGGUCGUUCACAAGAAGAGGAGGGAAAGAUCAAAGAAAUGACAGACAGCUCCUUCAUGAAGAAUGGGCUAACUAUGGAGUCAUGCAUAAAUACCAGCCUGUGGACCUGAUCAGGAAGUACUUUGGAGAGCAGAUUGGGUUGUAUUUUGCCUGGCUGGGUGUUUAUACUCAGCUCCUCAUCCCUCCCUCUGUACUGGGCAUCAUUGUCUUCCUGUACGGCAUAUUCACCGUGGAUGCCAAUGUGCCAAGCCAGGAGACGUGUGAUGACAACCUGAACAUCACCAUGUGUCCACUGUGUGAUGGAGUGUGCGACUACUGGCGUCUGAGUACGGUGUGCUCACUGGCCCGAGCAUCGUAUCUGUUCGACAAUGGAGCCACUGUCCUGUUCGCUAUUUUCAUGUCUCUGUGGGCUGCCUGUUUCCUUGAGCACUGGAAAAGGCGACAGAUGUGUCUGAAACAUGCCUGGGACCUGACCAGCUUGGAGGAUGAGGAGGAGCGAGUCCAGGAGGAGAUGAGGCCUGAGUAUGAAGAGGCUCUACAGGAGAAAAAAGCUAAGAUGAAAGCACAGUCUAAGAAGACGUUGACUCAAGCUGGCGAUGGUGUUGACGGAGAAACAGACCGGAUGCUGGCCUCCCAGCGAGAGCCAGAAUCCCUGGACAUUGAGGAUCACCUGUCAGGUUAUCUCAUCAAUGUCUCCACCUUGCUACUACUGGUCUUCGUAACCUUCUCGGCGGUGUUUGGGGUGGCGGUUUAUCGCAUCUGCAUGUUAAGUGUGUGGUCCAUGAACCCUGAUCCUGAGGCCAAGGCCAGCGUGAGGAUGACCGUGACAACCACCGGCAUCAUCCUGAACAUGCUGGUCGUCCUGGUGCUGGAGGAGGUCUACGGAGCCAUCGCUGUCUGGCUGACUGAACUGGAACUCCCUAAGACAAAGGAAGAGUUUGAAGAGCGGCUGAUCUUCAAGUCUUUCUUUCUCAAAUCCAUGAACGCCUUUGCACCUAUUUUCUAUGUGGCCUUCUUCAAGGGCAGGUUUUCUGGGCGGCCAGGCGAUUAUGUUUACGUGUUUGGAGACUAUCGCAUGGAGGAGUGCGCUCCACCAGGCUGCCUCAUCGAGCUGUGCAUUCAGCUCAGCAUGAUCAUGCUUGGAAAGCAGCUCAUCCAAAACAAUGUGUUUGAGGUUCUCAUACCUAAGCUGAAAAAGAUGUACAGAACAAUACAGGAAGAAAAAGGAAAGAAGAGAGCAGCAGAAAAUAAUGAGGAGAAUGAAGAGGAGAAGAGACCAAAGCAACAAUUUGACAAAGAUUUCACCCUCGAGCCCUUUGAGGGCGUGAGUCCAGAGUACAUGGAAAUGAUAAUCCAGUACGGCUUCGUGUCUCUGUUCGUGGCCUCCUUCCCGCUGGCGCCAGCAUUCGCUCUGCUUAACAACGUCAUUGAGAUUCGCCUUGAUGCUGCAAAAUUUGUCACCGAGAUCCGACGGCCUGACGCUGUGAGGUGUAAAGACAUAGGGAUUUGGCACAACAUUCUCUGUGGAAUCAGCAAGUUCUCUGUCAUUACCAAUGCAUUUGUCAUCUCCUUCACGUCGGAGUUUGUUCCACGAAUGGUUUACCAGUACAUGUACAGUGUAAAUGGCACCAUGAAUGGCUACACAGAGCACUCACUGUCCUACUUUAAUGUCAGCAACUUCCCAUCGGGCACUGCGCCCACCACCACUCUCAUCACCGGAGUCACCAUGUGCAGGUAUAAGGACUACAGAGACCCACCGUGGGACCCAGAUGCCUACACCUUCUCUAAACAGUACUGGUCCAUCCUGGCUGCAAAAUUGGCCUUUGUAAUAUUCUUCCAGAACCUCGCCAUGUUCCUCAGCAUGUUGGUCGCCUGGAUGAUCCCGGACGUUCCACGAUCUCUGCGCGAACAGCUGAAGAAAGAAAACAUGAUGCUGAUGGAGUUUCUGCUGAACCAAGACCAAGAAGCACGUGUCAAAUCUCACUCACCAGCACGCUCCAUGCCCUGCUUCCCCGCCAACAUAGACAUUGUGGUGGAGGCACCACUGGAGGAACACGAGGAGCAGCAGGUGGAGGAGGGGGAAGCAGAAGGGGUAGAGAUCAAUCUGGAUGAAGCCAGAGGGACCAGUGACAGUGAUCCGGAGGUCGGGAGGCCAUUUGAAGAAAUUAAAGGAAAUGCACAGGAAGAGCAAGGAGAUGAUGUAGACAGGGGUGGAGAGGUAGAUGGAGGAGAAAGGGAAAAAGAUGAAGAAGUGAAUGAAGAAGAUGGAAAGGGGGAUAAUGAGCAAGAGGGAGGAGAAGAGAAAGAGGAAGGAGCACAAAGAGAGGAAGAAGAAAGUGAGCAAGUGGAGGCAGAUGAAAUUUGUACUGUGGAUCUGGACUCCUUCAUGAGCGAGCUGGGCCUGUUAGAUGAAGAACCGUCAACGGGCACAGCUACAGCGACAGAGCUGCCCCGCUCAGGCUCCAAACAGGAAUAUCAAUCAGACCAGGAGCCUCCGUCACUUCCAUCAUCAAAAAGAGGCUCAUCUCAGAGUCUGAAGAGCUCCAGGGCAGACAUUACAUCAUCAGAUACUGACACUAGGCUCUUCUCCCUAAUUGCUCCUCCUCCCAAGGAGCCAGGCUUAAGGGCAAAAGCCCGUUGCUCCACCCUGCCUUCCCGCCACAGAGGGGCUGAGGCUUGUUACAGCCUGCCGCGGCCCAGCCACUCCACCAGCCUCACGAGGUUCCAGCAGACGGCCACGCUUACUCCCCUGGCUCCUCUGGGCUCUUCAUUAUCAGCCUCAUCCAACCCAUUCUCUCCGCCACGCACGCCGGCAUCGCCGUCAUCUCCGCAUCCCGCACAGUCCCCAUCAGCCCAACAGGCCAAAGCCCCCGGUGAACUAUUUGUGCUGAAAGGCCCUCCGCCUCAACAGCCUCGCUCCAGGGGCAAAGCCCGGUGCUCCACCCUGCCUCCACGACAGAGAGCCCCCGGCCCUGAGGAGCCCUCCACCAAGCCUAGCCAUUCCACCAGCUUUACAAAGCUGGGGGGCCGCAUUCCCCCAUCCCCCAGUGAACUGAAGCGUAACACACCAGUAUGAGGAGAGCUGGAAGGCAAGGGAAAGGGACAGAGGGUGGCAGAGGGAGGAGGAGGACUAUCCAGAUUAGCCUCUCCUGUCUGGGCCUGGAGCCUCACCCCUCCGUCUGUCCUUCCUAUCCGCAUACAUAAUACCUGGGGUCUAAAGAGAGACCAUACAGAUCAACAGAAUUUCCUUUUUAUCCUCUUAAUCUUCACAGAGAUGUUUAUACUACCCAGUGGGUUAAGGCUGAACUAGACAAGGGGAGUGCUGGACAAUCCAGAGAGUGACUGCUCUGAAACCCUCCCUGCAUGGCCAAGGAAAAUAUCACUGGACUGAACUCUUUCUAUUCCUUUUUUGUUUGUUUGUUUUUUGGAAUUUUUUGUUGUUGUUCUUGGUUUGUUUUCACCCAUGGACACAGCUCUGUAGCCACUGCCACUCUGUUAUUUUCAGUCCCACACAUGCAGCAGUGCUGCCUUGUAGAGGAAGAUGGAAAUAUAUACAGCACAGCUAGUAUCAACAGUUAUGCUUGUAGAUCUAGUGUUUGUUUUUAGAGGUUUUGAUAUAUAAAAAUGUAAAAAUAUAAUAAAAGAAGGACAUAUUUUUGA